AUGCCGGUUCACAGCAAAAGCCAAACUGAAACGAGGGCACUUCUUGCCCCAUCAAGCACCACUACAGCCGAUCGACAAGGAUCAAUUUCUUCGACAGAAAAGAAAUCAUCAAAGGAAAAAGAAUCCUAUGAAGCGACUGAUGAAGUCUCAAUACAAGGACCAAAGAAAAGUGAUGGAUCCGAGUUUAGAAAGGGAUUCAAAGGAUGGAGUAUGUCGGUUUUUUAUUUAAGUACAGUCUGGUUCUUUGGAGCUGCAUUUUCCGUUUUGAUCAUGUAUCUGCUUCUAAUUCAACUCAAUGAAAGGCCUCAUUUUUUUGGAAGGGGCACUCAUAUUGGAGGAGUACCGCACAUACUCUUCGAACCAAAUCCUAAUCGCUUUGAUGUUAGCACUAGGAGUGUGGUUACAUUUCGUGCCACGGAACCAGCAUCAUACGAGAAUCUCAUGAUUCGAUACAAGUCAAUUCUAAAAGAUGAAUAUAACAUGACGAUUGGACCGAAAUGCAGCAGAAUACGCGGCGUUCUUGACGGAGCACCAACAAACAAAUCAGUUUGUCAAGUGGAAGCGGACAGUAAACAUGAAUUCGGAGAAUGCACAUUGACCUUAGACAACAUAAACAGAGGAAUGGGAUUCAGUCGAACAGAACCGUGUAUAAUGCUUCGUUUAACUAGGAUAAUUGGAUGGUAUCCUAAUGAUUUCAAGGAUUCGAAUGAACGUUCCUGUGAAGCUGGUCCUCAUUCUUAUUCUCCUCAUUCUAAUUGUUGCAAUAGGAGAAGAAUUACCUUCUCAUGUACAUCAAGUUCGGUGAAUAUAAAAAUGUUGCCCAGCGAUGGCAUCUCAACCUGUGCGUACCCAUUCUGGAACAAAGCAGGAUAUCAGCAACCAUUUGUUAUGCUGAAACUCUCUAAUCUAACAGAUGGGAAGAAUGAAAUCCGAUGUUCACCUGCACUGGAAUCCAUAAAGAAAUUGGACGAUGGCACAGAAAACACGGUUCGCAUAACACUCGAGUCGUUACCUGUUUAG